GAGGGUCUCUGAGACCAACUCUUUCCGCUUUCCUCUUCCUUCCACUGAGGAAAGGGAAACGUGGAAGGAAAUUAACUUUGACCCCUGGAUUCUGGCUCGGGGCCCACAGUUCUGGUGGAAGGCAGAGGGUUCCAGGACCCUCCCCUCCCCUCCUUCCCGCCCCGUCUGUCCCUCCCCCACUGCCUACCGCGCCCCUUUACGCGACCCUGCAGACAGAGUUUACCAGGGAGGGACUCGCUGAGAGCUGGAGGGGCGGGCGGGGCAGCCAUGCGCUUGUCCGGGGGUGAACCCCCGGCGCUGGAAUGGUUCAUGGUGCAGACAAAAUCGAAGCCUCGGGUGCAGCGGCAGCGGCUGCAAGUGCAACGCAUCUUCAGGGUGAAGCUGAACGCCUUCCAGAGCCGUCCUGACACCCCCUACUUCUGGCUGCAGCUCGAGGGGCCCCGGGAGAACACCAGCAAAGCUAAGGAGUAUCUGAAGGGCCUGUGCAGUCCAGAGCUGUGGAAGGAGGUCCGCUACCCACCGAUGCUGCACUGCGCCUUCCUCGGAGCCCAGGGCCUCUUUCUGGAUUGCCUCUGCUGGAGUACCCUAGCCUAUCUGGUGCCUGGCCCUCCUGGCUCCCUCAUGGUAGGCGGGCUCACUGAGUCUUUCACCAUGACCCAGAACUGGCUGGAGGAGUUGGUGGCACGGCUGCGCUGGGGCCCUGCCCCUCUGCUGACCCCCCGGGGAAUCUGGGAGGCCGAGGUAACCCGGGCCUUUGGGGCCCUGGUGUGGAUCCGUGGUGAUCAGUAUGCAGGGGACCUGCUGCAGCUGCCCCCAGCCGUUCAGGAGCUGCUGCUGAGCUUGGUGCGGGAUGCUGCAGGCAAGGAGGAUAUCAUUGAGUGGCUCAGCCACUUCGGCAUCUCCAGCACCCGCUCUGGUCCAGGGGCCCUGAUCAGCCUUCCCCAGCAGCAAAAGGAAGACUCAGCCGUGGUGUCCACGGGAGAGAGUCCUGGGUCCUUCCUUGAGACGGGGACACUCCAAAAUGGGGGCCCAGAAAAUCCAAAGAGAUUAAGCAGCCUGGGAGCCACCAGGUCCCUGAUCCCAGUCCAGAGCACACAGCAGGAGACAGCAAACCAGGUGGUACGGGUCGGUUCCAACAACCAAAGUGGUACAGACAGUGAUCGAGAAGAAGGGCUGGUACGAGCCACCAGCCGCCAGAACUCUGUGAACCGCACACCAGCUUUGUUGCAACAAAAUCAGGUCCAGAAGAUAGAAGACAAAUUCCCCUUCCAGCCUCCAGUGUCAGCCCUGGGUAUGUGUCCAUCCUGGAAGGCCUGGACUCCAGGGCCAGCCUUUGGGCCUUUGUGGCCCGGGACUAUUGCUGCAGCCUUCUGGAGGAUCAACGAGCUGCAUUCUCUGCACCUGGCCUGCCUCCUGUCCCAGGCCUGCUUCAGUCUCCCAUUCUGGCAGAGGCCGCUUGGCCCCAUUCAGCUGAAGCUGCCAGGGCAGAGUCCUUUGCCCUUAAAUCUAGAGUGGAAGCAGAAGGAGCUGGCUCCUUUGCCUAGUGCAGAAAGCCCAGCUUGUAGACCAGAUGGGGAACUUGGAGUAGAGGCAACUCUACAGAAUUGCCCAAGGCCAGAGACACCCCCAAAAGUCAUGAGUUUAUUAGUGGUUCCAGGAGGCUCAGGUGAAAAGGACAAAGUUAGCCCAACACUUCCACCUUUGGCCUCUGCUGCGCAACUACAAGGUGGAGGUGAGCAAAGGAACCAAGGAAGUCUGCAGCCAGAUUGUAUGUGGCUGGAAAAGGGGCCCCCUCCAGCACCACCCACAGAACAGCGGGUGCCUACAGCUGAAGGAAGGCAUGUGGCUCAAGGUGGGCUGACAGUCCAGUCAGUACCUGAAGCUGGAACAGUGCCUGAAGCUCUCGAAGUGCCCAUGGCUGCAGUAGUGCCCAAAGCUGAAAACCCACCCCUAACUCAAGGGCAGCCUGCAGCUCCCGAAGUGCCUUUGACUCUGACAAUGCCUGCUGCUCAAGUGGUGUCCACAGCUCAAAAAGCUGCUGUGGUUCAACCAGCAUUGGCAUCAGCAACUCAAGUGAUGUCUACAACUCUAAAAACUGCCAUCGCACAAAAGAUGCUGGCAACCAAAACAUCACCUGCAAGUCCCAAAACACUCAAAGCUCAAACGGGGCCUGUGACUAAAAUGGGGUCUGCAGUACCCAAAGCAUCUGCAGCUCCUAAGACAUCUGCAGCUCCCAAAGCACCUGCAGCUUCUAAAGCCUCCAGAUCUCCCAAAACACCUGGAGACCAGAAGGCGUCCUCCAAAGUAGCCAGACUUCUGACUGAGGUCCAGCCUUCGUCAAGGGGUGAUGCCUCCCUACCAAAGGACCAGGGGGAGCCUGGAAGGCAGGUUGCCCAGCCCAGCAGUAAGCACCAGCUCCUGGGGUCUUGGGAGUGGGGCCCGAGGCAGUCACCUCGCUACCCACAGGCGAACAGCACAGUGACCAGCUUCCAGAGGUACCACGAGGCCCUGAACACACCCUUUGAGCUGAACUUGUCAGGAGAACCUGGGAACCAGGAGUUGCGCAGGGUGGUCAUUGAUGGCAGCAGUGUGGCCAUGGUGCACGGCCUCCAGCAUUUCUUCUCCUGCCGAGGCAUUGCCAUGGCAGUGCAGUAUUUCUGGAACCGGGGACACCGAGAGGUCACUGUCUUUGUACCCACCUGGCAGCUGAAGAAGAACCGAAGGGUGAGAGAAAGCCACUUUCUGACGAAGCUCCACUCACUCAAGAUGCUUUCAAUCACCCCCUCCCAGCUGGAGAACGGCAAGAAGAUCGCCACCUACGACUACAGGUUCAUGGUAAAGCUGGCAGAGGAGACAGACGGCAUCAUUGUUACCAAUGAGCAGAUUCACACCCUGAUGAAUAAUUCCAGGAAACUCAUGGUCAAAGAUCGCCUGCUGCCCUUCACUUUUGCUGGGAAUCUCUUCAUGGUACCAGAUGACCCCCUGGGCCGUGAUGGCCCCACCUUGGAUGAGUUCCUGAAGAAGCCAAACAGGUUGGACACAGACAUUGGCAACUUCCUGAAGGUGUGGAAGACCCUUCCACCCAGCUCAGAUGGCAUCUCUGAACUCAGUGAUGACACCGACCCUAGGCCCUUGCAGGGUGCACAGAAUGUGGAAGAAGUCAGGGAGGAGAAAGAGGAGAGGCAAGAUGAAGAGUGGAGAGAGGGCCAGGGAAUGCCAGAGUGGGCUGAGGAGGACGACUUGGACUCUUCUCUGGCGUCAGUAUUCAGAGUUGAGUGCUCCUCCCUGUCAGAGGAGAUUCUCCAGUGCCUCAGCCUCCACGACCCUCCCGACGGAGCCCUGGACAUUGACCUCCUGCCAGGGGUGGCCUCUCCCUACCUGGGCAUCCCCUGGGAUGGGAAGGCUCCCUGCCAGCAGGUUCUUGCCCAGCUGGCCCAGCUCACCACCCCUAGUAACUUCACUGUGCUGUCCUUCUUUGUGGGGUUUAUGGACUCCCACCAGGAUGUCAUCCCUGACUACGAAGCCCUAAUGGGCCCUCUACACAGCCUCCUCAAGCAGAAGCCAGACUGGCAGUGGGACCAGGAGCAUGAGAAGGCCUUCCUGGCCCUGAAGCGAGCCCUGGUGUCCGCCCUCUGUCUGACAGCCCCCAAUUCCCAGAUGCCCUUCCGCCUGCAGGUGACAGUGAGCCAGGUGGCCCUGACAGCUGUUCUCUGCCAGGAGCACUCAGGGAAGAAGCACCCCAUUGCCUACACCUCAAAGCCUCUGCUCCCGGAUGAGGACAGUGAGGGCCCCCAGUCAGGCGGGGACAGCCCCUAUGCCGUUGCCUGGGCCCUCAAGCAUUUUUCCCGCUGCAUUGGAGAUGACCCAGUGGUCCUCAACCUUGCCUACGCCUCCCGGACCACUGUGUCUCCUCAGGCACCAGAGGGCCGCCGGGUCUCCAAAGCAUGGUUGAUUCGAUGGUCCCUUUUGGUACAGGACAGAGGCAAGAGAGUCCUGGAAUUGGCCCUUCUCCAGGGCCUGCUGGGGGAAAACCGACUGUUGACACCUGCUUCCUCGAUGCCUCGUUUCUUCCAGGUCCUGCCUCCUUUUUCUGACCUGUCCACUUUUGUCUGCAUUCACAUGUCAGGCUACUGCUUUUACCGUGAGGAUGAGUGGUGUGCUGGUUUUGGCCUCUAUGUCCUGUCUCCCACCAGUCCCCCUGUCUCCCUUUCCUUUUCCUGCUCCCCUUACACCCCGACCUAUGCCCACCUGGCGGCUGUGGCCUGUGGCCUGGAGCGAUUUGGCCAGUCCCAUCUCCCUGUGGUUUUCCUCACCCACUGCAACUGGAUCUUCAGCCUCCUCUGGGAGCUCCUGCCCCUCUGGAAGGCCCGGGGCUUCCUCUCCUCUGACGGGGCUCCACUACCUCACCCAAGCCUGCUCUCUUACAUUAUAUCCCUCACCUCUGGCCUUUCAUCCCUCCCAUUCAUCUACCGAACCUCCUACAGGAGCUCUCUAUUUGCUGUGACAGUGGAUAACCUGGCCAAGCAGGGUGCCCAAGGGGGUGGGCAGUGGUGGAACUUGCCAAAGGAUGUGCUGGUCCCUGUAGUGACUCCCCGUACCAUGGUUAAGAGGCCCAACCUGCUGGCAUUGCAGCUGAGUGACAGCACUCUGGCUGAUAUCAUUACCAAGCUUCGUGUGGGGCAGAAAUUGUCUGGCUCCUCCCCCUUCAGUUCUGCCUUCAACUCACUCAGCCUUGACAAGCAGAGUGGGUUGCUUAUGUUCAAGGGAGAUAAAAAGCCCAAAGUCUGGGUGGUCCCGAGGCAACUCCGGAGGGAUCUGGUUUUCUCUGUGCAUGACAUUCCUAUGGGGGCCCACCAGAGGCCAGAGGAGACUUACAAGAAAUUGCAGUUGCUGGGAUGGUGGCCUGGGAUGCAGGAGCAUGUGAAGGAUUACUGCAGGAGCUGCCUGUUUUGCAUCCCCCGGAAUCUCACAGGCAGUGAGUUGAAGGUCAUUGAGUCCCCGUGGCCCCUCAGGUCGACUGCCCCCUGGUCGAACCUGCAGAUCGAGGUGGUGGGUCCAGUCACCAUAAGCGAGGAGGGCCACAGGCAUGUGCUCAUCGUGGCUGAUCCCAACACCCGGUGGGUGGAGGCGUUCCCGCUGAAGCCCUACACACACAUGGCUGUGGCCCAGGUGCUGCUUCAGCAUGUGUUUGCACGGUGGGGCGUUCCUGUGAGACUGGAGGCAGCCCAGGGCCCCCAGUUUGCCCGGCACGUCCUGGUGAGCUGUGGGUUGGCCCUGGGAGCCCAGGUGACUUCCCUGAGUAGGGACUUGCAGUUCCCCUGCCUGGUGAGCUCAGAGGCCUAUUGGGAAUUCAAGAGGGCCCUAAAGGAGUUCAUCUUCCUGCAUGGCAGGAAGUGGGCAGCCUCCCUGCCUCUUUUGCACCUGGCCUUCAGAGCCUCUUCGGCAGAGGCCACGCCCUUCCAGGUCCUGACAGGGGGUGAGAGGAGGCUGACUGGGCCCCUGUGGUGGGAGAUGAGUAGUGCCAACAUCGAAGGGCUGAAGAUGGAUGUUUUCCUGCUGCAGCUGAUUGGGGAGCUGCUGGAGCUCCAUUGGAGGGUGGCGGAAAAAGGCACCGAGAAGGCGGACAACAGGCGCUUCAAGCAGGAGAGCCAGGAGAAGGAGUGGAAUGUGGGUGACCAGGUCCUCCUGCUGACCCUCCCCAGGAAUGGCAGCAGUGCCAAAUGGGUGGGGCCCUUCUAUAUUGGGGACCGGCUAAGCCUGUCUCUCUAUAGGGUGUGGGGCUUCCCAACCCCGGAGAAGCUGGGGUGCAUCUAUCCCAGCAGUUUGAUGAAGCCUUUUGCCAAGAGUGGCACACCCUUGUCCUUUAAGGUCAUGGAGCAAUGAGCUGGAGCACUGGGGGAGUCCUCCAUCCAGGGAGUCCUGGGUUUCUGCUGCUAGGCCUCCCCCUGCCUCCUGCAGUGCUCUCAGCUGUUUGGGAGCCUUCUGUUGUGCCUUGUGUAGAGAAGUUGCUUGCUAAAGUUUUGCUGAGUUGCCUUGAACUAGGGACCAGUGUUCCUAUGGAAACAGCCCCAGUUUGGGGUAUUUGGAGAAUUUGCCAAAGGCUGCCAAAUAUGAGCCUCUGGUGAUUUUACACUGGGGAGUAGAAAGUCUCCUUACUAAAGUAGGCCAGGCUCAGAGUCUUUUCCCCAAGUAUCCUCUUUCCCUUUCACACACAUGUAGGUGUGUGGUGGUGUGUGCCAACACCAUCCCCCAGUCUUAUUUCUGGCUGUCUUAACCAUGAAAUAGUGAGGCUCUGGCUCAUAAUUGGAACUAUAGUCCUCUCCCAAACAGGAACCACGAACGUGGCACCUCCCUUCAACCUGUGUACUUGGGGAGCCUCUGCCCUUGGAGUUGUCACUGAUACAAACCUGUGCGGGCAGUGGGGUGGGGGCAGUUGGCUCCUUAGCCUCAUGGCUAGCUUUCUUAGGACAGGCUUGGCUUCCUCUGCUGUCCCGGAAGGGCUGGCCUCAGGGGCAGUGGCCCAGGGUGGGAGGUUGGACAGCCUCAAGUCAUGUACUUGUCAGCAUGGGAAAGGCAGGAUGGGAUAAGUUGGUCUACCUCAUUUGACUCCAGCUGAUGGAGACAACUCCUGACCCCCACUUUGAUGGUUUUGGCUGCAUAGGGGUUAAGGAUCUAGAUGCCAAGUUGGCAUCUCUACCUGAAGAGCUGCUUCUACUAGACCAAGGGGCCCCAGCCUCUGUUUUAAAGGGGAGGGCAUCAGAAAUGAGCAAUCUGGCACACAGCCAGGCACAGGUGUUUCUUUACCUCCUGAUCCUGCCCAACCCCAUCCCAAAACCUACAGCCCUCCUUUUUUCACUUCCACUGUUCCCUGUGUCCUUAGACACUAUGUAGUGUGUGAUUGCUUUUGUCUGGAAGCCCCUCCCAGCCCCCAGUCCUCUGAAACCCUAGCUCCCCCAGAACUGUUCUCUGGAGAGAUCACUCUUAGUAAGUGAGCUCUCAUAGGUGUGUGUGCUGACACUCAGCCCUCUGAAUCGGAGCUGCUGCAGAACAGCCAGUCUCCAGGUGGAGGCCAGCAGUGUCUCCCUGGCUCUGCCUUUGAGUAGUUUCAUUUCUUCAGAAGAUGAGCCAGGUGGAAGCUUGGCAUCAAGCCCAAUUUGCUUGUUAUAUGGUGGAGGAGAGAGGCCCAGAGAAAGUGACUUACUCAUAGUCAUACAACUAGUUGGUGACCAGGGUUAAAAUUCCUGACUCCCAUUUCACUGUGAAAAGAGUUGUGGCAAGAGGUUCAAGCAAGAGAAUCCUUCAAAAUUCUAUACCCAUGCUCUCUCCAUUAUCCAUUCUGUCAUUUUCCAACUCUUGUAGAUGAACCACCCGGAUAUUGCCUUUAAAUCCAUUCCAGUUGUUAAUCCUAUCCAGGAAUGAUUGGGUGACAGCGGAGAAGCUGAACAGGUCGACAGUAGGAUUUUUAGCAUAGACUUCAUUUGCUCACUCCCAAAUUGCUCCUUUUCCUCUUCCUCCAAUUCCCUUGUGGUAUUUCUUCCCUCACUCUCCCACCCCUCUGCUGUGUGCAUUUUCCCUGUUAACUACAACUUUUGAUCC